AUGUCAUCGGAGCCUCGUGCACGUACACCCACUGCGGCAGAGGAGCUCGUGGCCGACCUGGCAUCCGCCGCCGCCCAUCCCACCCCCAGCAAGAAGCAGCUGAAGAAGGAUGCAAGGAGGGCCGAGAAAGCGGCGGCGGCGCAGCGCCAGAGACAGCAGCACGUGCAUGCGCAGGCCGAGGCCAAGCAGGCAGAGGACUUCUUGGCGGGCAACUAUGGCGACGUCCCCGCGGAGGAGACGCAGUCGAAGGCCGUCACCGACCGCUCGUGGACGCGUGUCCGCGACCUCGGCGCCGCCGAGCUGCGGGACCGCUCCGUGCUGGUCCUCGGGUUCGUGCAGUCUACCCGCUCCUUCUCCAGGAUGACCUUCCUCGUGCUCCGCUAG